AGCCACUUGGGGUUCUGCACGCCUGUGGGAGUAGAGUGAUGUGCGCGAUGGAAGGAAGGUCGAAGUUCUUCACGAGCCGGGGUGACCCUCUUUUUUGAUUCUUAAGCAAGCCAGCUCUUGACUGAGCCUGCAAAUCUGGAAAGCUGAGACUGGGAUUGCAAAGACCAAAGGCUUGUCUUUUAUUUAUUUAUUUUUGUGCUGGAUUCAAGAACCUGCUAGUUUGUUUGUUUGUUUGUUUAUUGACUUUUUUUGUUUAUGCUGAAGAAGGAGAGGAUGGACUGAGCUGAUUCACACACCAUGGAGUCUCAGGUCUUACUAAAAACCUUCUGGCUCCUUCUCGGCCUCGGAGCAGUUUGGGGACUUGGUGUGGACCCCUCCCUCCAGAUUGACGUCCUAACAGACUUAGAAGUCGGGGAGGCCACCGCCGGAGUACACCAAGUCCCGGGGCUGCAUAAUGGGACGAAAGCCUUUCUCUUUCAAGAUACUCCUAGAAGUAUAAAAGCAUCUACUGUUACAGCUGAACACAUUUUUCAGAAGCUGAGAAAUAAACAUGAAUUUACAAUUUUGGUGACUCUGAAGCAGGCCCAUUUAAAUUCUGGAGUUAUUUUCUCCAUUCACCACUUGGAUCACAGGUACUUGGAACUUGAAACCAGUGGCCAUCGGAAUGAAGUCAGACUGCAUUACCGCUCAGGCAGUGAUCAUCCUCACACAGAAGUGUUUCCUUACAUUUUGGCUGAUGACAAGUGGCACAAGCUCUCCUUAGCCAUCAGUGCCUCCCAUUUAAUUUUACAUAUUGACUGUAAUAAAAUAUAUGAAAGAGUGGCAGAAAAGCCAUCCACAGAUUUACCUCAAGGCACAUCGUUUUGGCUGGGACAAAGAAAUAAUGCACAUGGAUAUUUCAAGGGUAUAAUGCAAGACGUUCAAAUACUUGUGAUGCCCCAAGGAUUUGUUGUUCAGUGUCCAGAUCUUAAUCGCACCUGUCCAACUUGCAAUGACUUCCAUGGACUUGUGCAGAAAAUCAUGGAGUUGCAGGACAUUUUAGCCAAAACAUCAGUGAAGCUGUCUCGAGCUGAGCAACGAAUGAAUAGAUUGGAUCAGUGCUAUUGUGAGAGGACUUGCACCGUGAAGGGAACCACCUACAGAGAAUUUGAGUCUUGGACAGAUGGCUGUAAGAACUGCACAUGCUUGAAUGGAACCGUUCAUUGUGAGACUCUGAACUGCCAGACUCCUGACUGCCCACUUAUGUCAGCUCCUGCAUAUGUGGAUGGCAAAUGCUGUAAGGAAUGCAAAUCAAUUUGCCAAUUUCAAGGACGAACAUACUUUGAAGGAGAAAGAAGUACAGUUUAUUCUUCUGGAGUAUGUGUUCUCUAUGAAUGCAAGGACCAGACUAUGAAGCUGAUUGAGAGUUCAGGUUGCCCAGCUUUGAACUGUCCAGAAUCUCAUCAGGUUACCUUAUCUCACAACUGUUGCAAAGUUUGUAAAGGUUAUGACUUUUGUUCUGAAAAGAAUAAUUGCAUGGAGAAUUCUGUCUGCAGAAAUCUGAAUGACAGAGCUGUUUGUAGCUGUCGAGAUGGUUUUAGGCCUCUUCGAGAAGACAAUGCCUACUGUGAAGAUAUUGAUGAGUGUGCUGAAGGACGCCAUUACUGCCAUGAGAAUACAAUGUGUGUCAACACACCAGGUUCUUUCAUGUGUAUCUGCAAAACUGGAUAUAUCAGAAUUGAUGAUUAUUCGUGUACAGAACAUGAUGAAUGUGUCACAAAUCAGCACAACUGCGAUGAAAAUGCUCUAUGCUUCAACACUGUUGGAGGGCACAAUUGUGUUUGCAAGCCAGGCUAUACUGGGAAUGGAACUACAUGCAAAGCAUUUUGCAAAGAUGGCUGUCGAAAUGGAGGAGCUUGUAUUGCUGCAAAUGUGUGUGCUUGCCCACAAGGUUUCACUGGGCCCAGCUGUGAAACAGAUAUUGAUGAAUGCUCUGAUGGCUUUGUUCAAUGUGAUAGCCGUGCUAACUGCAUUAACUUGCCUGGAUGGUACCACUGUGAAUGCAGAGAUGGUUACCAUGACAAUGGAAUGUUUUCAUUAAGUGGGGAAUCCUGUGAAGACAUUGAUGAGUGUGGAACUGGGAGGCAUAGCUGUGCCAAUGAUACCAUUUGCUUUAACUUGGAUGGUGGAUAUGAUUGCCGAUGUCCUCAUGGAAAGAACUGCACAGGGGACUGCAUACAUGAUGGAAAAAUUAAGCACAAUGGUCAGAUUUGGGUAUUAGAAAAUGAUCGAUGCUCUGUAUGUUCAUGCCAGAAUGGAUUUGUAAUGUGUCGACGGAUGGUCUGUGACUGUGAAAAUCCAACUGUAGAUCUCUUUUGCUGCCCAGAAUGUGACACAAGGCUUAGCAGUCAAUGCCUCCAUCAAAAUGGGGAAACUUUAUAUAAUAGUGGUGACAGUUGGGUCCAGAAUUGCCAACAGUGCCGUUGCUUGCAAGGAGAAGUUGAUUGCUGGCCCCUGCCUUGUCCAGAGGUGGAAUGCGAAUUCAGCGUCCUCCCAGAAAACGAGUGCUGUCCUCACUGUGUCACUGAUCCCUGCCAGGCUGACACCAUCCGCAAUGAUAUCACCAAAACUUGCCUGGAUGAGACGAAUGUGACUCGCUUCACUGGAUCCUCUUGGAUCAAACGUGGCACGGAGUGUACUCUGUGCCAGUGCAAGAACGGCCACAUUUGUUGUUCAGUAGAUCCACAGUGCCUUCAGGAACUGUGAAGUGAACUGUCUUCUGGAUAAUUUUAAGAAGGUUCUUUUGUUUAAGACACCAAGAAAAGUUAAAACUUAACAUGGAUUAUUUUGGAGCAGCUGAGUGCAGCUUUGUUAACAGCUGAGUGAACUUUCAAUAAUGAAAUUUGCGGAGCUUAGAAAAUCAUAGAAGGAAAAUUCUUGGAGUAAAACUACACCAGACCUCUGCCUCUGCUGUGUCUGGCAUCAGCUUGUAGAAGAAUGAAUGUGGAAUAGAAACAACAUCAUAACCUCUGAAUUUAAAGCCUGAAUCCAUCUCAUCUUCAAUGUCUCCAGUUUCAAUAAUGCGGAAAAGUUUUCAGUUAAGUUUCCUGCUGCAGAUGUAAAAUGCAAGGCAGUAAAAGAAUUAUAUUUUCAGAAGCGAAGCAAAGAACCUAUAAUGUGUUAUGUACAGUAAAAACUCUGGAAAGAAUCCUAAAAAAAAAAAACAUUAUUGUAAUGAUAAAACUAAUUCACAGGCAUGGUUACUUAAUAUUUUCUAACGGAAAAGAAAUCAGCUCGAUUUCCUUGUUUUACUGCCCUUAACAUUACUUGGUUGAAUUUGUUCAGUAUAAGCUCGUUCUUGUGCAAAAUUAAAUAAAUAUUUCUCUUACCUUAUAAUAUA